AUCCCAUUUACAGGGAAAAAUCUGGGCAAUAUUUCUAUUGGUUGGAGGGCUUGAAUAGAAGGGAACAAUCAGUCAGUGAGGCCAGGGAGCCACCUCAAACCAUAUCGGGUUACAUUGAAUGACAGCGUAACCAUGGCAAAUAAUUUGACUAAAACUAUUGUCUUAUCCUCACCAUCCCCGGGUCAGAUAACCAACCAAUCACAGUUCACAUAAUCGCUUUUCUUGCCAGUUUAGAAUAAUAUUAUUAAAACAAGCGAGCGAGCCUGGUCUUCAGGAGUAGGUAAUGUUGAAACGACAUAGAAAAGGUGGAGAACGACUGUGGAAGGAGUAAACACUCUCUCUCGGUGUACCUUGAGGGGAAUGCUGUGCAUUUUGUUCUGCUAUUCAUAAACGGGACUUUCAUUUUUUCUUUUCGAUUGGAUUUUAUCCUCGUCAUUUUUGAUACAGCCUACUUUUGGAGACUUUCAUGGUCAUUUGUGGACUUACAGUGUCGGUUACUUGCUUUAAUGUCUUAGCCAUAAAAGGGGACGUGUAAGUAGAGAAAAACAUACCUGUUUAUUAACUUGCAACCAUGUCUAUGCUUCCAACUUUUGGCUUUACGCAAGAGCAAGUUGCUUGCGUCUGCGAGGUCCUCCAACAGGGUGGAAACAUUGAACGGCUCGGGCGCUUUUUGUGGUCUUUACCCGCGUGUGAGCACCUCCACAAAAAUGAAAGUGUUCUCAAAGCUAAAGCUGUGGUCGCAUUCCACAGAGGAAAUUUCAGAGAGCUUUAUAAGAUCCUUGAGAGCCACCAAUUUUCCCCUCACAAUCACCCGAAGCUGCAGCAGCUAUGGCUCAAAGCGCACUACGUCGAGGCGGAGAAGCUCCGAGGCCGCCCUCUCGGGGCUGUGGGAAAGUACCGCGUCCGCAGAAAGUUCCCCCUGCCUCGGUCUAUCUGGGACGGCGAGGAGACAAGUUACUGUUUCAAAGAGAAAAGCCGGAGCGUACUCAGAGAAUGGUACACACAUAACCCCUACCCUUCCCCGCGAGAGAAGAGGGAGCUCGCCGAAGGCACCGGGUUAACAACCACGCAAGUCAGUAACUGGUUCAAAAACAGACGGCAAAGAGACCGCGCGGCAGAAGCGAAGGAAAGGUACGAGGAAAACAACGAAAACUCCAACACCAACAGCCACAACCCAUUGACUUCUUCCAUGAAUGGAAAUAAAACACUUUUGGGGAGCUCAGACGAAGACAAAACGCCUUCAGGGACUCCGGAUAACACCUCGUCGACUCCGGCUAUGCUCAUCGCUUCAAACUCGGGGCUGCAGAUGCACGGCCUAGCGCCUCCACCCGGGCCUAGCGCCAUGCCAGUGUCCAGCCAUGACUCUGUGCACCAUCAUCACUCAUUGCACGAUACUAUACUGAACCCUAUGUCGUCUAACCUGGUCGACCUCGGCUCUUAAACACGAGACCCUGGUUGGAAGGGGACUUUCUGAGUUACGUGGAUGUUUGAGAAAAGCUUCAGGCACCUGAGGCGAGGUGCAAAGGCGAAAGGACAGUCAGGAAAAUGUGGCUCACACGGUGAGAGGUGAGAUGGUAGGCGUUUAGCUGAAAGGUAUUUUACCGGAAUGUAAUAACAUGUUAUAUUGUUGAAAACAAUAACAAUAAAAUGUCUUAAUUCUUGUUACUAUUAUCGUUAUUAUUUUAGGGGAUAGAUAUCAACAGAUGCGUAAACUCAAAGUCAGGUACCCCAUGACCUUUUGUUUACACAUAGGUUUUCCAAGAGAGCCAUAUUCAGUUUGAUUUUGUUUUGGGGCAUCAUCGCUUAAGUGUUUUACUAUCAUGAGAGCCUUAUGUGAACGAUUAAAGAUUAUAAUAUCUUAUUAUUUGUAUUUUCAUUUGGAAAGCGACUUGCAUGUUAACUCUGCGAUGAAUAAUAAAACAUAAACACAUCGAUCUCA